CGCUCGUUCCGUGGCGUAACGAAGCAAAUCAGGAUUGUCGUAAAUAGUCGGUUCCAAUUCUUUUCCUCUUUCUGCAUUCGUUGGUAGUUUUGUUCCUCAUCCAUACAUCCAUACACAUCGUAUAGAAAGAAACUAUGGGUGAUUCGGCGUAUUCCUUUUCGUUGACGACGUUCAGUCGGACGGGGAAAUUGUUGCAGAUUGAAUACGCUUUGAACGCCGUUGCCAACGGGCGCACGGCGCUGGGCAUUUGUGCCAAGGACGGUGUGGUGAUUGCGACCGACAAGAAAUUGCCUUCCGUUCUGGUAGAUACCGCACACGUACACAAAAUGGAAACCAUCACACCCACGACGGGAUUCUGUUACUCCGGCGUAGGACCCGAUUAUCGAGUUCUGGUCAAGCGCGCACGCAAGUCCUCCCAGGCCUACGUGCGCAUGUACGGUGACAUUGAGCCGAUUUCCCAGCUCGUCAAGUCCACAGCCGGCGUUAUGCAAGAGUACACGCAACGGGGCGGUGUCCGUCCCUUUGGUGUUUCACUACUGGUCGCCGGUCUCGAUGGUGACGGUCGUCCCGGUUUGUAUCAGGUAGAUCCCUCCGGAGCCUACUUUGGCUGGAAAGCCACGGCAAUUGGCAAAAACUUCGUUUCGGCCAAGUCGUUUUUGGAAAAGCGUUACAGUGACGAUAUGGAACUGGAAGACGCCAUUCAUACGGCCUUGCUGACCUUACGGGAAGGAUUCGAAGGCGAAAUGAGUGCGGAUAACAUCGAAGUAGGUAUCGUCAAACAGGACGGCAAGUUCCAAGUCCUGACUCCGGAGCAAAUUCAGGACUAUUUAGACGAAGCAACCUAA